AAGGGAUUUAAAGAAAUGGAUUCCAGUAGUAGUAAUUUAAAAUGGUAUGAAGAAUAUCCUAAAGGGGAAGAACCAUAUAAACACUUUAAAUCUGAAACAGAAAUAUCAAAUUUGAAAGAUGAAGCCAAAAGGCAUUUGAAUGCAGAAACUUCUGUUUUUCAAAUGAAAGAAUCAAGGUCCAACAAUUCAGAAGCAGCAUGGUUAAAAACAGCACUAACACAGGGCACAACCUCAGAUAAAGUAGCAGCUGCAAUUAUAUUAGUGCAAGAUAAUCCAAAAUAUAAUUUAGCUAGACUUACAAUGCUUGUAAAUCAAGUGAGUGUUGCCAAACAUAAUCAAUGCAAUAUGAUAAUAAAUUCUUUGAGAGAUUUGUUUUUAUCUGAUCUUCUUCAUCCUAAAUAUAAACUGCUUAAAUUUAAAGAGCAAAAUUUAAAUGAAUUUGAUAAAUCUGAUUCUGAAGAUACAAUAUUUAAGUCAGAUAUAUCCAAAAAAAAGCUAAUGGCUCAUUGGUAUUUUGAAGACCAACUAUGUGAACAAUAUGAACGUUUUGUAAUGUCUUUAGCUACCAUUGCAUCUGAUACAGUAGAUACAAAUCGUGAAGUAGCAAUAUCAGUGAUGACAGAUUUAUUAAUAGGAAAUGCUGAACAAGAGCAUAAACUAUUGGAAUUGAUUGUAAAUAAAAUAGGAGAUCCAAGCAGUAAAGUAGGAUCUAAAGUUAUAUUUUGUUUGAAUAAGUUACUACAUGAACAUCCUAAUAUGAAAUCUGUUGUGUUACGAGAAGUUGAAAAAUUAUUAUUUAGAAAAAAUGUAGCACAACGUGCACAGUACUAUGCAAUUUGCUUAUUAACACAAUUUUUUUUAAAAAAAGAUGAUGAAAAAAUUGCUUCUACACUCAUGGCAGCAAUUUUAACUGGUGUAAACAGAGCAUAUCCAUUUGCAAAAAUAGAUUCAAAUAUAUUGCAUGAUCAUAUAGAUUCUGUGUACAAAGUUGUACAUGUUGGAACUUUCAAUGUUUCCUUAAAUGCACUUAACUUAUUAUAUCAAAUUACAGGUAAAGAUGAAGUCCUAUCAAACAGAUUUCAUUCUACUUUUUAUCGAAAACUUCUGGAUCCUGAAAUAGGAGUCACAAAUAAACGUGCUCUACUUCUUAAUUUAUUGUUCAGAGUUCUUCAAAGCGAUCGUAAUAUGCAACGUUUAUAUGCAUUUAUAAAAAGAAGUUUACAAAUUGCAUUAUAUUUUCCUGCAAAUAUGACAUGUGCUGUUUUAUAUGUAAUAUCAAAAGUUUUACACAUACAUAAGGAAUUAAAAACUUUAUUGUUAAAACCUGAAAUUUAUAUUAAAGUUGAUAAUGAAGAUGCAAAAACUAAAGACAAAGAUUCCAUUUUACUAACAAAUGUUAUAACUGAACAUAAUGUAACCAAGGAAACUAAAUCUGAAAGGAAAACAGAAAAUGACAUAAAAAUUGAUUUCAAUAAACAGAAAGAAUAUGACCCUUUUCAUCGUAAUCCCCUUUAUGCUGGUAUAACUAAAGGUUUAAAUACUGAGCUAAUAUCAUUAUCUAAACAUUAUCAUCCAAGUGUCGCAUUAUUUGCAAAUAUUAUCAUUGAAGGAAAAUCAAUUGAUUAUACAGGAGAUCCAUUAGAAGAUUUAUCCUUAAUACGCUUUUUGGAUCGUUAUGUUUUCAAAAAUCCAAAGCAAUUGGAAAAUAAGAAAGUACAGAAAAAGAACGAUCCUUUAGCACAACGUGCAGGAUAUACACCUAAAGGUAUUAGGUGCAUUCCAGUUGAUAGUACUUCAUACCUUAAUGAAAAACAAGAACGUAUUCCAGUUGAUGAAUUAUAUUUGUAUCGAUAUUUGAAAAAAAGGAAAGAAUUGAAGCACGAAUUUAAAGUUAAAGAUGAUGACCUAGAAAGUGUCAAUAGUGAAGAGUUUAAUGACAUGUUAGAUAGACUGACAGAUGGCAAAGAUUUUGAGGAUUUAGAUAUUGCAGCUGAUAUUCAAACUAAAAGAAACAAGAAAGAUAAUGAAGAAGAGGACGAAGAUUUGGAUGAUGAUAAUGUUAAAGAUAACGAAAGUAAUGAUUCUGAUCAUUUAAGUGAUUCAGAGGAAAAUUUAGAUGUAGAUGAUGAAUUACAAAAUUUGAGUGAUAUCGAUUUGAACAUCGAUGACGAUGUAAGUGAUCUAGACUUUGACGAAGAUGCAGACUAUGAUGAAAAUAUUUUAGAUGACAAUAUUCAAUCAAAUAUAAAUAAAGAAAUAAAGAAACGAGACCAAAAAGGAAAUAAAAUUAAUGAAAAUGCAAGAGGGAUUGAUAAUAACAUAUUUCUAUCAGCGGAGAAAUUUGCAGAAAUGCUAGAAAAACAAAGCAAACAAAAGGGUAAACAUGGUGGUACAAAUAUAUUUAAUACCGCAGAUGGAGCAAGUUCCAAACAAAUAGAAUGGGAAGUGAAACGACAUCAUAAACUUAGAAAUUCUUCAAUUAAAACCAAACGAAAAGGUUCUAAAAUUUUUAAAAGAAAUGUGAAAAAGACCAAGCAUUAA